AUGUCGAAGGUAGCGACAGUGAUGGAGUCUCCACGAUUCUUGAGCGACAUUUUCCCCGAGCAUGCUGCCGACGGGAGACUUCAUCAAGCAAUUGGAUCACCUCCAGGCCUAGUGAUCUCAACAGAUGCAGGCAAAGGAAUUGAUUAUGUUGUUACUCAAGUCUUCAAAAAUGGAGUUGAGCAUAGGGAGUGCAUGAGACACUUAGUUGCAAACUUCCAAAAAUGGUUCAGAGGUGAGGCCUUCGAGAAGCACUUGUGGCCAGCAUGUAGAGCUUUUCAAAAGCACAUGUUUGAAGAGCACUACAAUUUGAUGUAUGAAGCAUGUCCUGAAGCUAUGAAGUGGAUACAUGAAAACCAUAAGCACCUAUGGACAAGGCACCUAUUUUCUGAAGCAAGCAAGUGUGACUAUGUAACAAAUAACAUAGCUGAAACAUUCAACAACUGGAUUAGGGAUGAGAAAUCACUGCCUCUGGUUGAUCUUAUGGAUAGGAUAAAGGCAAUUAUGUAUGGACAAAAUGUUCUUGAGAAGAAAAAUUGCCAAAAAGCUUAA